AAGCGCCAUCACAAUCAAAAUCUUCGUCUCUUUUUUCCGUGAUUUCACACGUAAAGAGACAGAUCGAAAGGACAUAAUGGCGGACGCUGCUCCAGCCGCACGUGGUGGUUUUCGUGGAGGUUUUGGUUCUCGUGGAGCAGGAGGUGAUCGAGGAGGCCUCAGAGGACGUGGAGGCAGAGGCAGAGGCAGAGGACGUGGUCGUGGACGUGGAAAAGAAGAUAGCAAGGAAUGGAUCCCUGUUACGAAGCUUGGUCGUCUGGUCAGAGACGGCAAGAUCCAGUCACUUGAGCAUAUCUACCUCUUCUCCUUACCCAUCAAGGAAUACGAGAUCAUCGACAAGUUUCUUGGGCCAGAUCUUAAAGACGAAGUUCUGAAAAUCAUGCCUGUACAGAAGCAGACUCGAGCUGGUCAACGAACACGUUUUAAGGCUUUUGUUGCCAUCGGAGACAGCAAUGGACACAUUGGAUUGGGAGUCAAGUGUUCCAAAGAAGUAGCCACUGCCAUUCGUGGUGCUAUCAUUUUGGCUAAGCUCUCCGUCGUCCCAGUUCGACGUGGUUACUGGGGUAACAAGAUCGGCAAGCCGCACACCGUACCAUGUAAAGUGACCGGCAAAUGCGGUUCUGUACAGGUGCGUUUAAUACCAGCACCCAGGGGUACCGGCAUCGUGUCCGCCCCAGUUCCCAAGAAGCUGCUUCAGAUGGCAGGUAUCGAGGACUGUUAUACCUCAGCCAGAGGAUCCACCUGCACACUCGGCAACUUCGCCAAGGCCACUUAUGCCGCGAUCGCCAAAACAUAUGCAUAUUUGACGCCCGAUCUGUGGAAGGAACAGGCUUUGGCUAAAGCACCGUAUCAGGAAUUCGCUGAUUUUCUGUCAAAAACCCACAAAGGUGGCGUGAGAGCUGCUGAAGUUGUUUAAAUUUGAAUAAACAUUCAUGAAAUGUUUUUUAAAAAAUA